CUGCACAGAACUGUUUCACUUUGUCACGGUCAACAAGUGUCCUGCCCCAAGAAAGCGCCGCACACACAGUGGAACAAGAGCCAGUUGCUGCGAUUGGUCCGUGUAAAAAGUGCUUCGAAUUGGUAUUUCUUCAAAAGGAAUGUCCAUUUAAUUGCCCAGCAAUUAUCGCUUAACUUGAUAUCCCCUAUUCGGAAAGAAAGCUCCUCUUAGCCAUGGGCAUUGCCUUGAUGUUUCUGCUGGCCCUCUACCAGAUGCAAUCGGCCAUACACAGCGAGAUCAUCGAAACGCCCAGCUAUAUAGAGAACUCGCUGUUGGAAUCGGAGGAAGUUAAUCCCAAGGCAGUGGAAUCUGAUAUUUUGGAUGGCUUAGCCAGCGAUAAACUGGACCAAACUGAGCUGGAGUUUCGCUAUCCCAUCUCGGCCAUUGGCAUUGAUUAUAAUAAAAAUUCCGUAGUAUUACGCUUUCAGAAACACGCCCACAAACCCAACUUCAAGUACGAUCCGGACUACGAUAUCAAGCGCAAGUCUAUGCAGGAUAAUUUUAUGCGUUUCGGCAAGCGGCAGGCGGAGCAAAUGCCUCAGGCGACGGGACCGGGCUACUACGAGGCUGCCAAGCGUUCGGGCAUGGAUCGUUAUGGCCGUGAUCCGAAGCAGGAUUUCAUGCGCUUUGGUCGCUCUCCUUCCGAUUUUAUGCGCUUUGGUCGCUCUCCUUCCGAUUUCAUGCGCUUCGGACGUGAUCCCAGUCAGGAUUUCAUGAGAUUCGGACGCUCCGAUAACUUCAUGCGCUUCGGCAGAAAUAUGAAUUUUCACGAGGAGCUGCGCAGUCCCAAACAGGAUUUCAUGCGUUUCGGUCGUCCGGAUAAUUUCAUGCGCUUCGGACGUGCGGCGCCCAGUGAUUUCGAGCGUUUCGGCAAAAUGGAUUCGAACUUCAUGCGCUUCGGCAAGAGCGUAAAUAGAUCGGGAGCAGGAACUGGAGCCGGAACUGGAACGGAAGGUGGAUUAGCUAGUUCUUCGGAGUCCAAGCAGCUAAAUAAAUUGGAUGGCAAGCAGCAGGGCACUGAGGAGACUAAUCCCGUGGAUAAGGCCAUGUCGAUGCUGUUCAAUAAGCAGCAGCAGCAAGGUCAACAGGGUCAGGGUCAGGCUCAGAGAUCAACUCAUGAUCAGCAGCAAUUGAAAAGCGGCGAGCAAACCGAAUCGGAGGAGCAAUUUUAUGAACCAUAAAUUCUCACACACUCAAAGCUGUAAAUAUUUAAAAUUGGCCAAACACAACUGAAAAUGAUGAUACAAAUAUAUAAAUACACCCUAUAAAUGUUGCAAUAGUAAAAAAAACUAUAAAAAUACAACAAAACUGUACUUUGAAUUUUUAAUAGGGCUGGAUUAAAAAUUCAUUAAAUCUUUGCUCUGCUCAAUAAAUUUUGUCAAGCGAUAAACCAUACAUAAAUUAUAGAUAUUCAAAUCAAAGGUCAAAGGUCACAUUUGAAUACACAGAGACACUACAAUGGCAUAAAAUUAAAUCUAAUAUCGAAAAUUUAAAGUGUUAAAUGUAAUUCCCUAAAAUGCAUGCAAAUGUUGUGAACAAUCUUUUAAAUAAAGACCACUCGCUAACUAAUA